UGAAAAUGGUAUGAUCUGAAAUCGAUCAAACUCCCCAACUUCACAUCCACAACUGUCUUCUUCUUCACUCCAAUGGCUGCCGCGACACUCUCCCUCUCUUUCUCCUUAGAUCCCCAACACCGCCACCACUUCUCCAAGCCUCAGCAAGCCUUCAUUUCUCCACCUCAAUUCCCCAAAUACCCACUUACUCUUUUCCACAAAUCCGACCGUUAUCUCUUCAAACCAUCUUCCUCUUCAUCUUCGUCUUCAUCUUCAUCUUCAUCUUCAUCUCCAUCUUCAACAACAACAACAGUAUCGCCGUCAAGCUUGUCGUACCUGUCGGACACACUCAGAACCGGCCGGUUUCUGAGCAACGAGGAGCUCGAGAAGCUCAAAUUCCUCGAGGACGUCACGUAUUCUCGGGAACUGCGAUCUGGGUCUCUGUGGGUCCGGGCCAUGAGGGCAGACGAGAUGGACAUCACCGUGGCUCUGCUCGCAGAGUCGUUCGCGGAGUCCAUGCUUUUGCCGUCCGCUUACAACUCUCUUUUAAGGUUCCUGGUGAAGCAGUACUUGAUCGAGAGAAGGGCCGUGAUGCCCCACGCCGUCACGCUUGUUGGGUUCUUUAGAGAGAGAAAGGAAAAUGGUGAUGGUGAUGAAGAAGAAGAAGAAGGAGAAGAGAAAUUGGCGGGAACUGUGGAGGUUUGUUUCGAUAAGAUAGGUGCGAAUGCUUCUCCUCCGACGCCGACUCCGCCGAAGAAUUCGCCUUAUAUAUGUAACAUGACUGUCAAAGAGCAGCUCCGGAGGAGAGGAAUUGGCUGGCAUCUCCUAAAGGCGUCCGAGGAACUGAUUUCUCAGAUGAGUUCCACAAGCGAGGUGUACUUGCACUGUAGAAUGACUGAUGAAGCCCCGUUCAAUAUGUAUACGAAAGCAGGUUACCAGGUCGUGAAAACGGAUAGCCUUUUGAUUUUGUUGAUGUUGCAGAGACGUAAGCACUUGAUGUGCAAAAAGCUUCCAGUUGUAAAGAGCCCUGCAGAAUCUGACUCGAUGAGCUCCAAUGGAGAAUUAACAUGAUUAGAGGCUCUUCGAAUACUAUUAUACGUUUCUCUGAGUCCUAAAAGACUUUUACUCCCAACACUUCUUUCCUGUCGAUUUCCAAUACAGUAUGUUCUUCCUCCAUGGUCUUCAUGUUAUAGUCCAAUGAGAUUGGGAUGAAUCAGGCCAGGUUGGUUUCAGAAGGAUAUCAAAAUGACAUGCAGAAAAUUGUUGCCGCAUCUAUUAUAACUGUGUGGAUCUGUUGUAUUUUGUAGGUAUUAUCUUUGUUCCUUGCAAGUGAUAUUUGCUCCUUAUACAGUUACAAAGGGCAAAUUCAUAUUUUAUAUAUGUAAAUACCUGUAUAUGUUUGGACUUGACGUUUUUAGUAUAAAGUGACUCUUUUCCUAAG